AUGUGGCCUGAGAGUCCCUGCUCCAUCAACAUUGAGAAGGUGGACCAGCUGGGGAGCGAGGUGCUUCAUAGGGAAGCAUAUGUGAUGCUGCAUGAGAUGGAGCCUCUGUACAGACUCAUCAAGGAUAUGAGGGACUUCAACAGCUCGGUGACAGCAUUCCUGCACCAGCAUGGACAGCUCACAUCUGCGCUGACAGUACAGCGCACUCCGGGGCUCUUAGCAGAAUUUGUUGAGCUGACAGGCAACACCGUGAGGAUGCAUCUGCUGGCACGCCAUAUUCCCUACAAGCAAAUCAUCCAGCUGUACACACUGGCAUAUGCCACUGUGGAGCUGCAGGAGAGUCAGAGGGAGGGAACACCUCCGGACAUGCGAGCUGUGAUCAGCUACACGCAGACCUUCCCCAAUAUCGUGCCCCUUCUGCAGUCAGAGUUCCAAGCUGUCAGCUCCUGCAUCGGCCAGGUGUUGGAAACAGUGGUGUGCACGGCUGUGUUGGCGUUUGGAGACAGCUCAGCGCUGAGGUCAUCAGGGCUGUUGGGCGCCGCAGGUCUAGCAAGCUGCUCUGCGGCGGCAACCACUGAGAACAGCGAGGCUCUGCUGGAAUGGCUGCCUCAGCUCAAGGAGUGGGCCUUGCUUGCAUUCCUGGUUUGCCCAGUGUACAAGGAGCACUGCGAGUGGGUGCACCCGCUGUUUGAUGCCCAUGUGCGGCCGACGCUUGUCACUUUCUACAACAGCACGAAGACCUCAUUGGAACGCACGGACCGGAAGGCUCUGGAGAGGACGGCAAAGAGGCUUGUGGAGGAGUCUCUGAAGGAAGCCCUCAGCGAGUGUGUUGACGAACACAGGCGGCGGCGCGUGCUGCUGACAGAUGCGCUGCAGAGAAUGGUGAAGCAUGUGGAGUUGCGGACUUCAGACAUUACAGAAAGGGCCAAUGCGAUGCUGGCUUUGCUGUCAUGCGCGCGUGCAGAGGUGCUCUGGUGGUUCCAGCACUGGGGAGAGGUGGUGCCAAAGGGUCUGUUCCAAUCCCUUCUGUCCAGCCCCAACCCCUUGAAAGCCCUGGCCCCAGGUGACGGGCUGCCUGCCCUCAUGAGCGCCAUGGAUGCAGCCGAGCAGCUCUUGCACAGUCACAGGGCUGCAAUUGCAUGGCAGGCUGCAGUGGUGAUGCAGGAUGCGCUGGAUAGCUGUCCGCUGGACUUAGGGCCGCACAUGUCAUCGUCCUUCAACGCCGAACUGCAGGUCAUCCUGUCAACACUGCAGACGCUGCAUAACUCGCCCCAGAUCUCCAGAGAAGAUGCAGAGGCAAGCAUGCGCGCGUCGUGGACACCAUACCCGACAGAGCCGGAUCUAGAGGCUGCCAGGGCCUCAUGCGAGCGGCUGUACAGCGAGACCAUCUUCCCAGCAGUUUCCACGUCCGGGGCAGCUUCCUGGGCUGGUGAAGCUGCCCAGCCAGACAGCCCAUUAGGCAGUUUGUGCACACUGCUGCAGAAGACCAGGCUCAUAGACAGCCUUGAUCACAGCAUCGACAGGCUUGCCUCGCUGCAACAGCUCUGCUACUACCACCAAAGGGGUGAUCCCAGGCAGCUGAAGCUGCGAGCAGCCAUGCUGGCGUCACUGGAGCCGCCCUACAGGGACUUACACCUAGUGCUGGCCUGGCUGCACGCCCUGUCCUGGCUGGGGCCAGCGCCUGAUCAGGACACCUCUGACAGCUGCGCGGCAGCUGCCGGGGCGCUGGCCACCGAGCUCAUGUAUGGCGUUGCAGAGACCUUCCGCCAGCUUGUGACUGAUGCACACAAGAUAAUGUCGGACAUGCCUGGAUCUGGGGUGAGGUGGGCUCAAGCGGCGGAUGCUGCUGGCAAGGGCGGCAAGGGCAGGGGCCAGGGGCUCCUGCAAGACAUCCGCAACACACUUGACGCAAAAGACAAUGUGCACAACGGCGGCGGGGAUCAGGAUGCCACUCAUCUGAACAUGCUCCUCUCGGCUGCCAGGCGCCUGAGCGCAGUUCUGGCGAGGAGCGACGCUGUGCAGAUCCACGGGGAGCUGAGGCUGGACCCUGCUGCCCACCUGGUGGCGGCCGCCAGGGCCGCCUUCCAGUGCCUGCUGUCCAGCUUUGUCUUCCCUGACAAGGACUUGGCGCGGCCGGUGCGGAUAGAGGCGGCGGUGCGGCGUCUACUGGACAUCUACUCAGCGCUGCAGAAGGCGUCCGGCUGCGAUCUGGUGGGAGUGGCAAGGGAUACACUGGCAGGGAACGCCUACAGCCCACUGCCCCAGCAGCCGCCAGACGCCGGCGCCGCCGAGCGGCUGAUCGGGUUCGUGGGGGAGUGGUUCGUGCAGACUCUCCUGGUGGAUAGCGCCAAUCUUGGCGUCUCAUUUUCUGUUUCCAGGCAGACGUUCUACAGCGACCGUGGCAGUGCUUUAGCCGAGUACGCGAGCGAGGCGGAGCUCAGAUCGCUCGUGCGCACAUUCGGGCUGUACGCAGCGAGGGAGCUUGCCGCCUGCACUGAGGGGCCCCUUGCAGAGGCCGUCUCGGGCCUGCAUGCCAUGCUGGCGUCUAAUGAGGAGCUGCUGACGGGGCUGCACACUGAAUACAAGGCGCACGGCAGCUGCCUAGAAGCCUGCUCGGCAGCUGCCGUCAGCUUCGCGGACCUUCACGCCGUGAUCGAGCGCUGCCGGUUGCUGGCGCGCUGCCUCUUCCUGCGGCGGCUGCUCGCGGACGCCGCCAGCUCCGAGGCAGCUGCUCUGCUGCCGGAAGCUUCCGCCAGCUUGGAAGCUGCCGCGCUGGCGGCGGCCGGCCGCCCCGGUCCCCACAUCUGCGAUCUCCUCGACCUGCCCCGCCCAGUCCAUUCGGCGGCGGCAUCGGACGCGGCGGCAGAUCCGGUACUAGUGCGGCUCAUAGCGGAGGGCGGCGGCCGGCAGUGGCGUAGCUGGCCGCUGCUGCUGGCGCUGACGCUGUGGAGCCCUGUGUGGGCCUCGGCGGCCUACUCGCCCAAGCACGCGGCCCUGGUCAACAGCAUGGACUACCUGGCUGUACUCGUGCCCGACCUGGCAUUUGCUGCCGCAGCCGCCGAAGCCCAGGAGGGCGAGGGAGAUCAGGAGGGCGCCUCAACACCAGCAGAGGCUGUGCUCUGCUUCAUGCAAUGCGGGAGUGGGUCACUGGCGACCCGGGACGACAGCUUCUCAAGCAGGGCGCUUGCAUUGAGCCGGGCGGCCGGCGCGGCGCAUGCGCGCGGCCUGGCGGAUGCUGACGAGGCGCUUCAGGCAUGCCACCUGGCGGGACACCAGGCUGGUGUGCCUGCUCCAAUGCUGGCGGCAUCCGCAUGA